AUGCUAACAUUGCUGUUGCUGCUCCAUCUGAUAUUCCAACUAUCCGAUGCAUUCUUUUUGAUAGGACCAACAUGUGGCUGCCCUUCAACCAACCCAACCUGUCCACCACAACCCGGCUGUCCAGUUCAAGGGGUUGCUACGCAGCAAGUCCAACCGAUACCGGUUCCAGAUGAGCUGGAAAUGAGAGCCGCUGCGUUUGGCGUUCCUAUAGGACAACGCCAGCAUGCGCCAACAAAUCUGGAACAAUUCGAAAAACUGGUAGAUCGUCAAGAAGCUAUCUAUGCGGCCACAGCAAAUCCAGCGACCCCGUUGCCGGAUGAUGAAAGUGAGCACUCCGGCGGGCUUGGUAGGCAGUUGGAAAUACGUCGAGCUCCAGCGAUUCAUUUCACUCAACAGGAAGGCACAACCGAAAAUUUAACCACUGAACCCGAGGAAGAAGAGGAUCUACCAACCACACCAAUUCCAGAAGCUUCGUCAAAAUGUAACAGCCAAGUUCUUAAGAAACUUAUGCUCGAGCAAAUGACAAGCAACUCAUCCGAGUCUAAACGCAAAAUCAACGUUGCCGCUGAGGCAAAAUUUGGUGGAAAUGUUGACGAGUUCGACUUGGCCAAUAUGCAAAUUUUCAUCAACGCCUUGGACGGCGGCAUUCACCGUCUCGAAGUGGCCCCAGAGACCACUAUCGGACAGAUUAAGCAAAGCCUCGGAGCUGCUGAGCACAUUCUUUCCUAUGGCAGUGCUAUCCUCGAUGAAACAUUGAGCCUCUCAAGCCUUGAUAUUACCGAAGGAGCAUCGCUUGCGAUCAAUGCACGGCUUCUCGGAGGUAAGGUUCACGGGUCUUUGGCUCGUGCCGGAAAAGUGCGUGCUCAAACUCCAAAGGUCGAGAAGCAAGAGAAGAAAAAGAAGAAGAAGGGACGUGCGGCUCGACGAAUCCAGUACACGAGGAGGUUCGUCAACGUAGCCACCGGACCCGGAAAGAAGCGUGGACCUAACUCUAACGCGGCCUAA